UAGCUCAACCUUCUCCGUUCUAAGCGGCACCACAUGGCCUCAGCCUGGCCUGAAGAGGAGACCUUUGCCUGCCCAGUAUGCCUGGACACCCUGAAGGAUCCGGCCACGCUACCUUGCGGACAUUCAUACUGCUUGGUCUGUAUCCAGAGCCACUGGGACAAGGGACACGGCAAGGGUCAGUACAGCUGCCCUCAGUGUAGGCAGGUUUUCAACCCUCGUCCCUCGCUGGCCAGGAGCACUUUGCUAGUGGAGGCUAUGGAGAAACUGAGAACCAGCAGCAUCAAGCAGAGCCCCUCUGCAGCCGUCUCCUCUGCCCCGCCUUCGAUGCCCAUCUACCUGGAGAUCCUACCUGAUACAGUGCCGCGUCAAGGCAGCAUGUACCCUAAGCUUCCCACUGUGGAACCUAGACCCUGCCCUCAACACAACCGUCCUCUGGACCUGUUUUGCCAUGAAGACAAGGAGUGCGUGUGUGAGGUGUGUUGCCAGCAUGGACACAAGGGACACCAUGUGCUCAAACCACAGGAAGAGAGGAAGGAGAGACAGAAAGAGCUCGUUCAAAUGCAGGAAGACGUACGGAGGAGAAUAAAGGAGACUGAAAAGAAGCUUAUCGAGAUUCCACACGCUGCUCGCCAACACAAGGCCCUGGUGCAGGCUCUGCAGCAAGAGAGCACAGAUUUGUUCUCAGCGCUCAUCAAGAACAUGAGUCUAACGGGCGACGAGGUCGGUGAGCUCCUCAGCACCCACGAGACCGCCUUAGGCAGCCAGGUCGAGGGGCAGAUCCACAGCCUGGAGCAGGAGGUGGCACAGCUGCGCUGGAGGAGUGAGGAGCUGAGCAGACUGGCCAACAUGCAGGACCACAUCUGCUUCUUGAAGAAUUUUCUUAUCAUGGAGCCGCUGGGUGAGAUGGGUGCCACCGGAGAGUCAAUACUGAAUCGGGAAGAGGCAGUGGUUGCCUCUGUCCGCUCAGCCAUGAGAGAACUACAGGAGUCGAUACAGGACCUCUGCAAAGCCAGCCUGGCCAAGAUCGUCACACUAGUGAAUCAAGACCCUGCAGCUCCAACAGUUAAUGGUGCAGCAGCAGCAGCAGGCACUACAGCAGCUAACAUCAGUGGUCCUGCCACAGCAGAAAACACAGUGUAUGAAAUGAUGACAGACCCUCCACCUUUGCCGCCUCCACGACCUCAAAAGCACAGAGAUUCAUCCAAAUCUCCAUCUCUACGUCCUGCAGGUCCUCAAGCUUCUGCCCCUCCUCCACCCUCCCCUCCUCUGCCUCAUGCGACGCCUGUAACAACAUCGGGUCUCGUUAAUCCGGAGCCAAAGACAAGAGAAGAAAUGCUGAAGUUUCGCUUCGAACCCACCAUGGAUCCCAACACGGUGUAUCGCCACGUGUAUCUGUCAGAUGGAGGUCAUAAGGCGACGAUGCGGGCUGAGAAUGUGAACCCAGCAGACCAUCCGGAGCGCUUCCACUUCUGGAGACAGGUUCUCUGCAGAGAGCCCCUGGCAGGCAGCCCUUACUACUGGGAGGUGGAGUGGACUGGCCAGAAGAUCACCAUCGGCGUGGCCUACAAGGAAAUUGAACGUAAAAGUUCCGAUGAUGACAGCCGUUUGGGCCACAACGCUCAGUCCUGGAGCUUGUACUGGUCCGGGACCGGCUUCUCCUUCUGGCACGACGGCCAGGAGAAACAGCUGGGCUCACCUAAGACCCGACGGAUUGGCGUCUUUCUGGACCAGCAUGCAGGGAUUCUGGCCUUUUACCGCAUCGCCAACAACCAGGCUCAUCUCAUCCACCGGCACCAGAGCCAGUUCACUGGGCCACUGUACCCAGGAUUCAGGUUCUGGGCAGGGUUAGGGGCAACAGUGACCAUUUGCCAGUUGGAUUGAAUUGUAAAUUAAUAAAUUGCCUCUUUGUUUUGUUUUGUUUUUUGUUUUGAUACAACCUGCUUGAAGCAUGUGACAUUAUGACAUUUUAAUGAGGAAGUGAAUGUGUUCUUGCUCUUGAGAUUCUUGUGAUGACAAAAAGAAAAAUGAUCAGGAAUGUCUUGUUUACUUGUCUUUUUGGACGGACCCUUACUGAGAUGAUAUAAGUGAAAAAACUUAAAAAGUGUCUUUAUACAUCAAUAAAGGAGUACACAAAUAUAAUCUAUAAA